ACAAAAGCCCUCUUCAUCGUGCACGCCUUCCUCUGCUGAGUUCAUGGAGCUGAAGGAAGAAACACGCUGGUUAAAGGAGCAAGUUAAAGCGCAAGCGCUCCUAAUCGAGCAGUUGAUCAAGAAUCAAGCACCACAGCCGGCUCCGAAUCUCAGCCCAAGUGGCAAAGACAGCUGCACAUUCCCCUUGCUACCUGAGGGUGAAGCGGACGUUCAGUGUAUGGCGGAUAGCCCUAAACAUCACACUGUUGCAACGGGCCGCAUGUUCAAUUUACCGGGGGAGAGUAUAAUUCAUAAUGUUCCUCUCCCUGCUGAUCAUGUGAGGGUGCAGUUGAACACUGCUAUUGAUGCGAAUUAUGCCCUCCCGAUACCCACCCCAGAUGCAGAGACAGUGGCUCAAGCAGUGGGUAGCUUUGUCGCUUGGCCUGGCCGUCUUCUUACAUUAGGACAUCCUUCAAAGUCUAAGGGGAAGAAGAGCCUAUUGGGUGAUCACUCAUUAUCAUCACCACAGAAGCAGCCCUCUGAGCCCGUUCAAGUGGUAUCAUCAAGAUUCCGAAUAUGUCUUGAGGAAUAUGCAAUUGGGGCCAGAUUAGAACAUGGCGAGGAUUUCAUGAUUCCCCUAGAGUUUGAGCCAGAGGUAUACGGUCGACCCUCGUCAGAUUAUGUCACAAAUGAAGUAUUGAAAGAGAUUCUGACGCAUGGAAUGGCCAGCACAAAUGCCUGUAACUUUUAUAUCAGAUAUCUUUUCAAGAACUUCAUAGCCCCUGGUGGCCUUGAUGACAAGUUCAAGAUUAUCAGCCCCCACACUUUUGCUGGCCACGGACCUAAUAUGAAGAAAGACUUAUCCAGAGACUUGUUGGAUAUCUUCAUUUCUAGGGCAACACCGGGGGCUCAGACUUUGUUUUUGGCGCCUUAUUGUCAAGGGUAA